CACAUGUAGAGCUGCUGUAGCUUCACAGACACGUCCUACGAUGCCCUUUUCGCAGACUUAAAGGACGCCUGGUUACGGUGCCAUUACGCACAGCGAUGCGCAAAGCUCUCCGGUGAUCGUGGUCUGCAUGGACACCGGAAGUAACGGUCUCAAAAGCGCAUAAAAACAUGACUCCAUAAAGAAGUUAUUUCAUGUUUCCCCAUGUCCUCAACUACUCGGGUUUUGGAUACACGUGCAGUCCAUGUCUGUGGAGGAGAAGAGGAUUUUUCUUCACUUUUUUGCGGCGUAUUCUCGUUUUUAUCAGCUCUUUAUUAGACUAUCUGUGAUGAGGACUCGCAGUAAGUGGGAGCUUUUUGUCCGGGAACACAUCAGAGGAAGUUUCUCCAAAUUUCCCACUGAAUAAAGAAAGAGAAGCAGACGUCUGGGCCCCGACCAUCCUGUCAGGUGUAGAGGACAAAAAGCCAGUGAUGCUCUAUGGACCGACUUUCCGCGACCACGACCCGGUGCGACUCGUCGAUCCGGGGCAUCUCCCUCAACUGAUGUCCCUGGAGCCCACGCUGGUGGGGGGCACGCUGGGGCCGGGUAACUCCACGCCGGCCGGGGAGGAGGGCGCUCCGCAGCAGCACCACUCCUUCCCCUGGGUGCCCCCCCUGUUGGCCGGCGUGCUCAUCACCACCAUCGUGGUGGACGUGAUCGGGAACCUGCUGGUCAUCGUGUCCGUGUUCAGGAACAAGAAGCUCCGGAAGGCAGGAAACGCCUUUGUGGUGAGCCUGGCUGUCGCCGACCUGGUGGUCGCCAUCUACCCUUACCCGCUGGUCCUCACCGCCAUUUUCAACGACGGCUGGAUCGCGGGCUACAUCCACUGUCAGAUCAGCGGCUUCCUCAUGGGCCUCAGCGUCAUCGGCUCCAUCUUCAACAUCACGGGUAUCGCCAUCAACCGCUACUGCUACAUCUGCCACAGCCUCAAGUACGACAAGCUCUUCUCCAACAGCAACACCAUGUGCUACGUGGUGCUGGUGUGGGCGCUCACCGUCCUCGCCAUCGCGCCCAACUGGUUUGUGGAGUCGCUGCAGUACGACCCGCGGGUUUACUCCUGCACCUUCGCCCAGUCCGUCAGCUCGCUGUACACCAUCACGGUGGUGGUGGUGCACUUCAUCCUGCCCAUCAGCAUCGUCAGCUACUGCUACCUGCGCAUCUGGAUCCUCGUCAUCCAGGUGAGGCGGAGGGUGAAGCCGGAAUCGCGGCCGAAGUUCAAGCCGCACGACCUCCGGAACUUCCUCACCAUGUUCGUGGUGUUCGUGCUCUUCGCCGUCUGCUGGGCGCCGCUCAACCUCAUCGGGCUGGCGGUGGCGCUGGACUCCCGGUUGGGCGAAGCGAUACCGGAGUGGUUGUUCACAGCGAGCUACUUCAUGGCGUACUUUAACAGCUGCCUCAACGCCGUCGUCUACGGAGCCCUGAACCACAACUUCAGGAAGGAGUACAAGAGGAUCGUCAUGAUCAUCUUCAAGUUUCACUGCUGAGACGAUACAGCGGGGAGAGUGACCGUGGAGGACAGGUCCAAACACGCUACAGCCCAGAACACUUCCAUCAGGAGAAACACGUUGCAGUUUUACAAAACCCGAGUAACAUCUUCACCAACUUCACGAAAAAAAACGCUGCAAGAAGCUCCAAACACAACGGAGACCAGGGGACACUAAAGAGAGACGCACACAGCUGGAGACCAGGGGACACUAAAGAGAGACGCACACAGCUGGAGACCAGGGGACACUAAAGAGAGACGCACACAGCUGGAGACCAGGGGACACUAAAGAGAGACGCACACAGCUGGAGACCAGGGGACACUAAAGAGAGACGCACACAGCUGGAGACCAGGGGACACUAAAGAGAGACGCACACAGCUGGAGACCAGAGGACGCUAAAGAGAGACGCACACAGCUGGAGACCAGAGGACGCUAAAGAGAGACGCACACAGCUGGAGACCAGGGGACACUAAAGAGAGACACACACAGCUGGAGACCAGGGGACACUAAAGAGAGACGCACACAGCUGGAGACCAGGGGACACUAAAGAGAGACGCACACAGCUGGAGACCAGGGGACACUAAAGAGAGACGCACACAGCUGGAGACCAGGGGACA